AUGGGAGACUAUGAUGAAGACACAGCAUUUCUUGGACAGACUGGUCCUUACUUCUGGACCACAUUCUUCCUCCUGAACACAGUUUUUAUCUCAACUGGAUUCAAUGGACUGUACAUUGUCUUUGUGGGGGCAGCUCCAAAACAUCAUUGUCUUAUUCCGGACGUUAACUUGACAGAGGAGUGGAAGGCUGCCGUUAUUCCUGUCACAAUAGUGGAUGGUGAGGCGGUUCAGAGCCAGUGCAGCAGAUAUAAGCUGGAUGUGGUGAGAAAUCUCUCAGGUGAAGGAUAUGUUCCUGGUAGGGAUGUCAACCUCACUAACCUGGAGCAGGAAGGAUGUUUGAAUGGAUGGAGCUACAGCAAAGACAUCUACCAGUCUAACAUAGUCACUGAGUGGGACCUUGUGUGUGACAACCAGUGGAAAGUGCCCUUUGCAUCCUCAACUCUCUUCGUGGGAUACCUGCUUGGGUCCCUGAUCUCAGGCCAGCUUUCUGACAGGUUUGGGAGGAAGAAAGUCGUCUUCAUCUCCCUUGCAGCCCAGUGCAUCUCAGUCAUUCUCCAGUCUUUCUCUCAUUCAUGGAGGAUGUUCUGCAUCAUGUUCCUCUUUGUUGGAGCCUCCCAGAUAUCCAUCUAUAUAUCUGCAUUUGUACUGGGAACGGAGGUGUUGAGUAAAACUAUGCGGGUAAUCUUCACCACUCUCGGGGCCUUUCUUUUCUACUGCAUUGGGUACAUGACUCUGCCAUGGAUUGCAUACGGUAUCAGAGAGUGGAGGACUCUUCUGGCAGUUCUGGCCACAACUUCUGUGAUCUACAUCCCACUGUGGUGGUUCAUCCCAGAGUCUCCUCGUUGGCUGAUCACUCAGGGACGAGUGGAGGAAGCUGAGGUCAUAGUGAGAGAUGCUGCAAGGAAAAACAAAGUUGAAGCCCCGACAGUUAUCUUUAAAGAGACUGAGGCGAUACCUCCAACCAAAAAUUACACCAUGCUUGAUAUUUUGAAAUCCCAGAACAUCAGAUGUAUCACCCUGAUGUGUCUCAUGCUGUGGAUGGCAAUAAACAUCGGGUAUUUUGGUUUAUCCCUGAACACCUCAAACCUGAGCGGCGACCCCUUCAUGAACUGUUUUCUAUCAGCCACUGCUGAGGUUCCUGCUUAUGUGGUUUCUACUUGGCUGCUAAAGAAAUGUCCAAGACGAGCGCUUCUAUCUUCUUUCCUGAUCAUUGGGGGAGGAGUUCUUCUUCUCAUCCAGUUCAUCCCUGAUACUCUUCAGUAUAUCGCUCUGGCUCUGGAAAUGACUGGGAAGUUUGGCUUCACCAUGGCCUUCAGCAUCGUCUACAUCUACACAGCAGAGAUUUAUCCCACUGUACUCAGAAACGUUGGCAUGGGAAUGUGCUCCUCUGCGGCACGCAUCGGCAGUAUCACAGCUCCUUAUAUCAUCUAUUUAGGUACUUAUAAUAAGGUUCUGCCAUACAUUCUCAUGGGAAGUCUUACAAUUGCUUCCUCUGUGGUGAAUUUCUUCCUUCCUGAGACGCUCAACAGAGAUCUUCCAGAAACAGUGGAGCAGAUGCAAGAAUGUCAGGGGUUGUGCAGUGGACCCAAGAAGAAGAAAUACGUUGAAAAUGGAGGAAGAGAUGACCCAAACAAACAUCAUGAGGACAAAUCUGAUGUGCAGUCUCUGACUGCAUAGUUAAGUAAGAACAGAGACAAAGCAAAGAAGAAACUUCUUUUUUGUUUGCUUGAACGUAAUAAUCAGAGAUCUGAAAGUAAAAUCCAAAACAUGCACAGCGGGAUCCAAAAGCCCACUGCCAAAAACUGUAUGUUUUUGUAUUGUUUCAUUUUUUAAAACUCUAUUUUUGUACUCAGUUGAAAGUUGCUAAUUCUGGAAAUUUCUUAAUUAAUGUUACGUAGAAAAUGUCAAUUUUAAAAUAAAGAUUAAAAAAUAUUAACAAGAA